GGGCCCGCGCGGGGAGCUGCGCUCUGCUCCGGGGUUCCACUCUCCCUCGUCAUCAAAGCCGCCGCGCGAGUUCGAGAUUGCCGUCCGGGCUUCGUUGUUAAGGGACCCAUAUUUUCAAAAAAUCGAGUGCCCAGAACUGCGGUAACUGCAGCGGCGGGACUUAGGGGGUCCCGAGGAGAAAAAAAAAAAAAGGACCGGCCGCCUGGCCCUUCCGAGGCUCGCCGUGCCGACCGCGACCCGCGGCUGCCACUCGGUGCUCUCCGCCCCUUCCCUGGCUCGGGGUCCCCGGGCCAAUCCCGCUUCCCCUCCCCCUCUUCCUCUCGCUUUUUUUCUCUCCCCCUCCUUUUCUCCGAAACCCACUCUAAUUGAGGCGCUGGGAUUCCUCACGUGAGACGUUGAUUUGUAGUUUGAACACGUGGCUCAUUCAAAAAGCCGGACACUCGGAGCGGCUGCCCCCGCCCCGCUCCCUCCGCCGCUGCCAGUCACCCCUCGGGGCUUUUUUACGGGGAGGCGGCGCCUGCCCCACGUAGUGUGAUAUUUUCACAGCCCGCUGGCCGCUGCCAAAGGGGUUGGGGAGGAAGAGACAAAAAGUAGUUUCCCCCCCGCGCCUCCUCCUUUCUCUCGCUAAUCCCGCCUCCUCCCCAGAGUUAGGAAGACUCGACGCUGGGCUCGUCGCUAGGCUUUUUCUUUCUCUCUUUUUUUUUAAUACCCAGAGGAGGAAAAAGGACCCCCGGGAUCUGGUUUUCGCCCGCCGCUCCCUUGCUCGGGUCACUGUGUGUGGGUUUGAAAGGCAAGAAGAGAGGAACAAAACCCACCGGCUCCAUCCGCCGCCGUGGGUGCUUUUAAUUUAGCAUUUUCCUCGGUUUUUAAAACAACCCCGCUUCACAAUGAACAAACUGUACAUCGGGAAUCUGAGCGACCAUGCCGGCCCCGCGGACCUGGAAAGUGUCUUCAAGGACGCUAAGAUCCCGGUGGCCGGCCCCUUCCUGGUGAAGACGGGCUACGCGUUCGUGGACUGCCCGGACGAGGGCUGGGCCCUCAAGGCCAUCGAGGCGCUUUCAGGUAAAAUGGAACUGCACGGGAAGCCGAUGGAAGUUGAGCACUCGGUCCCCAAAAGGCAGAGGAUUCGGAAACUUCAGAUACGAAAUAUCCCGCCCCACUUACAAUGGGAGGUGCUGGAUAGUUUACUAGUCCAGUAUGGAGUGGUGGAGAGCUGUGAGCAAGUGAACACGGACUCGGAAACCGCAGUUGUAAAUGUAACCUACUCCAGUAAGGACCAAGCUAGACAAGCCUUAGACAAACUGAACGGACUCCAGUUAGAGAACUUCACCUUGAAAGUCGCCUACAUCCCCGAUGAAACAGCCACCCAGCAGAAUCCCUCCCAGCAGCUGCGAGGGCACCGGGGGCCAGGACAGCGGGGCUCAUCCAGGCAGACGUCCCCGGGCUCGGUGUCCAAGCAGAAACCCUGCGACCUGCCUCUGCGCCUGCUGGUUCCCACCCAGUUUGUCGGAGCCAUUAUAGGAAAGGAAGGUGCCACCAUUCGGAACAUCACCAAGCAGACCCAGUCUAAAAUCGAUGUCCAUCGUAAGGAGAAUACGGGGGCUGCCGAGAAGCCCAUCACUAUCCUCUCCACCCCUGAAGGUGCCUCUGCAGCUUGUAAGUCCAUCCUGGAGAUUAUGCAUAAAGAAGCACAAGACACCAAACUCACAGAGGAGAUCCCUCUGAAGAUACUAGCUCACAAUAACUUUGUCGGCCGUCUUAUUGGUAAAGAAGGAAGAAACCUUAAAAAAAUUGAACAAGACACAGACACUAAAAUCACAAUAUCUCCAUUGCAGGAGCUGACGCUGUACAACCCCGAGCGCACCAUUACCGUUAAAGGCAAUGUUGAGACGUGUGCCAAGGCUGAGGAGGAGAUAAUGAAGAAAAUCAGGGAGUCUUACGAAAAUGAUAUCGCGUCCAUGAAUCUUCAAGCACAUUUGAUUCCUGGAUUAAAUCUGAAUGCCUUGGGACUGUUCCCACCCACUUCAGGGAUGCCGCCUCCCACCUCAGGGCCCCCUUCAACUAUGACUCCUCCCUACCCACAAUUUGAGCAGUCGGAAACGGAGACCGUGCACCUGUUUAUUCCCGCCCUGUCGGUUGGCGCCAUCAUCGGCAAGCAGGGCCAGCACAUCAAACAGCUUUCUCGCUUUGCAGGAGCUUCAAUUAAGAUCGCUCCAGCCGAAGCACCAGAUGCUAAAGUGAGGAUGGUGAUUAUCACUGGACCGCCAGAAGCUCAGUUCAAGGCUCAGGGAAGAAUUUAUGGAAAAAUUAAAGAAGAAAACUUCGUUAGUCCUAAAGAAGAGGUGAAACUUGAAGCUCACAUCAGAGUGCCAUCGUUUGCUGCGGGCAGAGUUAUUGGGAAAGGAGGCAAAACGGUGAAUGAACUCCAGAACUUAUCAAGUGCUGAAGUUGUUGUUCCCCGUGACCAGACACCUGAUGAGAAUAACCAAGUUGUUGUCAAAAUAACUGGUCACUUCUAUGCUUGCCAGGUUGCCCAGAGGAAAAUUCAGGAAAUCCUGUCUCAGGUGAAGCAGCACCAGCAGCAGAAGGCUCUGCAGAGUGGACCCCCUCAGUCAAGGCGGAAGUAAGGGCUCAGGAGACAGCCACCACAGAGGCAGAUGCCAAACCAAAGACAGAUUUGCUUAACCAACAGACGGGCGCUGACCCAUCCAGAAUCACACGCACGGGCAUUUCCCUAGCCGGUUGUUUCUGAGGACCAGGCGACUUGAACUCCUGUCUCUGUGAGAAUGUAUACUUUAUGCUCUCUGAAAUGUACGACACCCAGCUUUAAAACAAAAAAAGGAAAAAAGUGGGGGUAGGGAAAGAGCUCCGCACUUCCCUUGUGAUAUCAAAGCACAGCAAUGUGCUAGUUUUUAACAUCCUCUUUAAUGCCAGAAAUCGGCAUAAAUGGUACAUUCACUAAAUUCAUCAAAUAAAUUAGAAAAAAAUAGAUCGUUUUUAAGUCCAAUUGUUGAAAUUGGAUCAAAGUAGAAUCUCCACAGGAACGUGCCAUUAAGUCAUUAGAGUAGAGCUGUUGUUUCCUGUUUCUCUAACACUAACGUGGGUAACUUAAGGGAAGUGCCCACCGCUGCGGGCGGGUGGGCGGGGUAUUAGACGUGCAUUUUUACUCAACUACCUCAGGUAUUCAGUAAUACAGUUAAAAGCAAAAUUAUUCCUUUUUUGAAAAUUUUAUAUACUUUAUAAAGAAACUCCAACCGUUUUUAAAAAAAUAAAAUAAAAUUUAACAGUUAUCAGCUGAUAGGCAAAUAAUUGAGAAAGGGAUUUUACGUCUGGCUGAUAACAGUAAAGUUGGAAAACUAAUUUUGCAUUUUUUGAGCCUUUUGACCAUAGUUGGAAAGAUUUGGAGCAGUGCCUAUUCUUGGAGAGCAGCAAUGCCAUGUAUUCCUGUCUACAGUUGGGCAGGUUCUAACAGCAGAGUGGUGGCGGGUUUUGGAAUGGCUAACCUGAAAAGAGCUUCAGAAGACUUGGAUUUGUUUUGGCUAUGUUCGUGAAUGCAUGAAUGCUUUGUCACUACCUAAAGGAAACACAUCCGUGAAGAACUGCAGAAUUUAAACAAAACCAGCUUGAGUUUGUCUCACAGGAUGCUCAGCUUGCUAACACAUGUGAGAUCAGGUGGAUACUGUGGUGGAUACUCCACAAGAGAACUGCUUUGUGGAGACCGGGGAGUCAGGUGGUGUGACGGUGAGGGCAACGAGAAGCUCUGUCUCCUUGUGCCAGGCACUGUCAUGAGCCUGACUAUGCUAUUGGAAGAUUUGUGUGCAGUGGAAGUCAGUCCACUGAAAACAUUAUCUGGAAUGCGGCAGGGUUUCUGUGUGCCCUGCUCACCUGACAGUAAGUACAGGAAGGAAUGCAUGCAGCAAAUGGUUUUGGGAAAGGUCUGUGAAAACACCUGACUGUUGAAAGCAAAGCCCUUUGCCCCUUCCCUCGCUCAGUGGCAAAGCCCUGUGGGUGGUCCUCAAGGCCCUGCUGCUCUCUGAGUUGUUUUUAUUACUCUGUUCAUAAGGUGGUUACGGUCUAUCACACUGGGCCUUGAGGGCAUUAUGUAACCCUGCAGAAAGUCAUUUUGCCUCAUUAGUAUUUCAAGAUUAACUUCUACAUGCUUUUAAGUUUUUUUCUGAGCAUCAGCAUAUCAGUGGUUUGAAAAAUUUUUGUAAAGCCAGUUUAUUUAGUAGUUUUAUCCAAAAAGUGCCCCCUUUUACAACUGAUUUAAAGUGACCUGUUCUGCUUGAAUUUCAGGGGAGAUAUGUUUAAGGCCAGAAUACUUCCUCAGUAUUUGGGUUUUACAGUUUUUUUCUUUAAAAACUGACAGGUGCUACAUUUAUAUCUGCUGGUUUCAAUUCUGCCAUGUUUCACAUCUAGCCUUUUAGAGUGGCAAAUCAUGUUUUACUUUCACUUAAGCAUUGGUAGUGUGGAGUACCUGGUACAAAGAGUAAUCCUAUAAUUGAGUUUGUAUUCACCACAUAUGGAUCAUUUUUCAUCUAUAACGUGCCCCAAAUGCAGCUUCAUUUUCCAGGUACCUUGAUGCAGAAUAAAGCCUUCAUCAUAAGCCACA